AUGUCACACGAAUCAGUCUGGUACUCGCGCCCGCGCAAGUACGGUAAAGCGUCUAUUGGAUGUGUUGUCACUGGUGACAAGAAGAAGGCUGGUAUCAUUCGCAAGUACGGAAUCAACAUGAGUCGUCAGGCUUUUCGGGAGAAGGCGCAGGAUAUUGGGUUCGUCAAGUAUCGCUAA